AUGGAAAGACACUGGAAAUGGGUCUUAAUCAUCGGCAUCUUGGCUCUAGUGACUGAUGCUGCCGUGAAUGAUACUGCCACCUUGCGACAGUAUCGCUACGAUUACGGACUUUUCAAUGGCAGCUUGGAAUUGGCCACGGAAGUUAUCAGAACAGAUAUCCAGGGGAAAGCAGGAUCUGUUUUUCAGCCGCAGCAUGAACCCCAUCUCAUCCGGAGCUCUGUCAUCUUUGGGUUAACCAAAGUGGCCAACGAGAGCAAUGUGAAUCCCAGCUGCCACAACCACCUGAAGCAAGUGCAGCGGGGAAUUCUCAGCAAGCAACCUUGGGCCAUAAAGGUUCUUGAUGCGUCGGGUACCAAGCCAUCUGGUUUCGUCUUCGGCCAGAACUACUGGCUGGGAAGUCGGGAGGCGUGUCAUGGAGUCCAAAGGCCCGUGGGCAUCACCUUGUCCCGGAACUACGAGCGCGUGAUGCACUACAGCAUUCUGACGCAGAGUGCUCCCUUUGGGAUGGACUACCGAGUGAUAUACCUUCGCCACCGCUCGCCGUGGCAGGUGGAGAUCAAGGUGAUGUCCGAGCAGGUGCUCCACAUCGGUCUGUGCCUGCCCAGCUCCUGUGGCUCCGAGGAGGUGAAGCAACUAGCCAGGGAUUAUGUGGCAGACGGUUCGUUCGCCGAAGACGACAUCUUCGAUAUGAAGCCGGAGGUGCUCUACAUGAAGGAUCUUCAGCUGAAGGAGAGCUUCUACCAGCGGCUCACUUUCCGGCUGGUGGUGGCCGCGAUCCUGGUGACUGGAGCUCUGAUGCUCUGUGCCCAGCAAGUGCGGGUGGCCAAGAGGGGCGAUGAUCCGAGUCCCGGUCUGGCUCCAGUGGAAUCGGAGCUCUGGCAGGCAUUGGAUUUUCUCUUAAAAAAGGAACCCCUUCAGAAGUUCGUUUCCUGUUUCGAUGUGGCGAGCAAUUGGAGGAAGAUUUCCGCCAUGAGACCCAAUCAGCCUGGGGAGAUUCCCAUUAUGAACGGUCUGCGAUCCGUGUGUGCCAUCUGGAUACUCAUCUUCCACGUGGUGUGGUACAUGUACUUCACGGUGCACAACAAAACGAUGCUGAUUUCCUACGCGGAGCAGGUGUUCUUCCAGUACGUCUCUACGGCUCCGCUCUUAGUGGAUGUCUUCUUUACCAUCAGUGGCUUUCUGCAAACUUAUAACUUCCUGAGGAACACAAAACAGCUGGAGGCAGUGCGUCUUAAUGGUCUGUGGGGCAAUGUGAAGCUCUUUGGGAAACUGCUGUUCCAUCGCUACCUGAGAUUGGGUCCACUCUACCUGGUGGUGAUGGGCAGCGUGGACUUGGCCUUCGCCUACAUCGGCGACGUUUCGGUGUUCCACAUCAACGAGAGAUUUGACGAACUGUGUCCCCAGUAUUGGUGGAGGAACCUACUCUUCAUCCAGAACCUCUUCGAUCACCGGGAGAUGUGUGCCAACUGGAGUUGGAGUCUCGCCUGCGACAUGCAGUUCUUCCUGCUGGCAAACAUUGUGCUCUUUAUUUACGCCAAGUUUCCCAAAUUGGCCAAAGGAAUUACGCUCUCCGGGCUUGUGGCCACAAUAACCUGGUCCUACGGCAUCGGGAUCACCAACAAUUUCGAGUUCUCCUUCGACUCCACCUACGCCACUGGCACCCAGAUCUACACGAGUCCCUUCGUGAGGGUGCUGCCCUAUAUUGUGGGAGCAAUAGCCGCCUGGUUUUACCAGGAGCAGCGAUUACCAUUGGAGAUGAGCGAGCGGCGAACCCGUCGGUAUUGGCACUUGAGUCUCAAGGUGUUCGUAGGUUGUAUUUACUCCACGGUGAAGCGGGAUCUGGGUACCCUGAUCACCAUAUCGCUGUUUGUUCUGGGACGGGCUCUCUUUUCCCUCACCGUUUGCUGGAUGAUCGUGGGCAGUGCGUCCGGAACUGGGGUCUGGUGGUCUCGCCUGUUGGAGGCCAAGUGCUUUCAGCACUUAAAUCGCCUGUCCUACGCCAUAUAUCUAUUGAAUCCCCUGGUGAUUGCCCUCGUCUACAGUCUGACCAGUACGAGUUCUGCAGCCGAUCCCUUUUUGCUGAGCGUCGUCUGCUGCGGCUUUACGAUAAUCGUCUAUGUUGCCUCCAUCGCCUUUUCGCUGGCUUUUGAGCUGCCCUACAGCAAUCUGUCCAGUUUGCUGCUUAAGGGAAAACCAAAAACCUCAUAA